AUGGAUGAGAAAAAUUUCACCCAAGUGAAAGAGUUCAUACUUUUAGGGUUCACGACAGACUUGUGGCUGCAGAGAGUCCUCUUUUUCAUCUUCCUCAUGAUUUACAUCUUCAGUCUCUUAGGAAACAUCACCUUGAUCUCUUUGAUCUGUGCUGAUUCUCGGCUCCACACACCCAUGUAUUUCUUCAUUGGCAACCUGUCAUUCCUGGAUCUCUGGUAUUCCUCUGUCUAUGCUCCCAAAAUCCUCAUGACCUGCAUCUCUGAAGACAAAAGCAUCUCCUUUGCUGGCUGCCUGGCUCAGUUCUUCUUCUCUGCUGGGCUGGCCUACAGUGAGUGCUACCUGCUGGCUGCCAUGGCUUAUGACCGCUAUGUGGCCAUCUCCAAGCCCCUCCUUUACGCCCAGGCCAUGUCCUCGAGAUUGUGUAGCAGUCUUAUUGCCGUUUCAUACCUUGGUGGCUUUGUGAACUCAACCAUCAUCACUAGUGAGACAUUCACUUUGAGUUUCUGUGGGAACAAUGUCAUUGAUGAUUUCUUCUGUGAUCUGCCCCCACUGGUGAAGCUGGCCUGUGAUGUGAAGGAGAGCUACCAGGCUGUGCUCUAUUUCAUACUCGCCUCCAAUGUCAUCACUCCCACAGUGCUCAUUCUCUCCUCCUACCUCUUCAUCAUUGCUGCCAUCUUGAAGAUCCGCUCUGCGCAAGGCCGUCUCAAGGCCUUCUCCACCUGUGGCUCUCACCUGACAGCUGUCACCUUGUACUAUGGCUCAAUUCUUUUCAUUUAUUCUCGGCCAAGUACUAGCUACACACUGGAGAGGGAUAAAGUGGUGUCAGUGUUCUAUACUGUGGUGAUACCAAUGCUGAAUCCUUUAAUCUAUAGCUUAAGAAAUAAAGAUGUUAAAGAUGCCCUGAAGAAGAUGGUAGGCAGAGCAAAGUUUUCUUAA